AUUCAGACUCACUGUCAUUUUAACUUCCUUCCUGCCUUUUGUACAUUAAAUAAACAUACGGCUCUGACGCGAGGUGUCGAACAGCUCGUGUGAUACACAGUAACACAGUUACAUUGCUUUAAAUUGGCGAAAGAACUCUUGGAAUGUAACAGCAGCGGAGCAGCUCUAGUUCUUAUUCUGCUACGUGUCCCGGAUUCGCGAAUCCGCGCCUCAGCGACAAUUUAAGCAACAGCGUCUGCAACAAGGAGACUUGUUGCACUCUGCUAAAGGAUAAACCAGUAGUGGAUAUAAUAUGUGAAUGAGGAAAGGAGUCUGGUAUUGUAAUCUAUUCUACAUGUCAGCUUUCCUUGGUUCCUAUUAACAAUGGUUGGCUCAAAAGUCCAAUGGACUUUGGAUGAGUAGACCUAAAUGGGAGCAAAAACGGACAGAGUCAGUCUGCCACUAUGGCAGCUUAUGCUCUGAACAGCCUGAUAAUGAUGAACCCCGACAACCUGACCAAUAAGAGCAGCCCACGGACAGGAAGGCCUGUGCUCUCAGUGCCCAGUCGUUCUACAUUUAGCCCGGUGCUUGGGGGCAGUGGAGGUCCCUAUAGCCCCGGCAGCCUGAGCCCUGGGUCAGCAGGAAAAACCUUCGUCUUCCCAACAGGUACCGGUUCCAGUUGUCAAAGGGCACAUUCACCAUGUCGACUGCCGGAAUCGCUGGGUGUGCAUGUGGGAAGUCGUGUGCGAAGACUAAGCGGGUCCGGCCUGGAGGACGAAGAGGAGAACGAAGAACGCCGUGCCGCUCAGCAACUUGAGCGCCACAAGGAACUGCAGAACGUGGAGGUGAACAAGAAGGUGGACCUGUUUGAGGCCCAAAUAUCGGCUCAACGAAGCCCACGGAUUUCUAGGAAAACUCCCCUGAAUUCUGUCCCUGUCCAACUUGCCAAUCUCUCCUUAAACCCAGAGGAAACACUUGUGACGCAGUACAAGGAUCACUCAAUGGGGAUCCCCAAAGAACUGCAAAAUGGAAAGCGCUUCUCUGGCAUGGAGGAGGGGCUGCAGGUCAGCGGUGAAGAGAAGGACGGGGCUGACCCAAAUACAGAAGAGGGCUGCCCACUUGAAAGCACAUCAGCACGAACUAAGAGCAAAGCUGACAGCCCUACUUACAAUCACUCCAGGACUUCACCAGAGGCCAAUAAGUGCUCAGCAUCUUGGACUGAGACAUGUUUGACAAAGGCGGAAGUUGAGCCAAAAGAAACCCAGGCAGAGCCCGACGGGGUCAGUCCAGAGGUGGGCUCCAUCCCCGCUGUCAUUAUUACGGACCACGGCAUGGAGGUCAGUGGGGAGGGCAAGGAGCCCCAGGUUAGUCCUCAACCUUACAGAGCCAUGAGGAAGCUCUCCUCUUCUUCUGCCUCGUCAACGGGAUUCUCCUCUUCCUGGGAGGAAUCAGAGGAUGAUAUUUCCAGCGACACAGAGCGGUCCCCAGCCUUCCUGCAGACACAACAGAAAGCGCAUAAAUCAUGGAAGAAGAUCAAGAACAUGGUGCACUGGUCACCAUUUGUGAUGUCCUUCAAGAAAAAGUACCCUUGGAUCCAGCUGGCUGGCCAUGCAGGCAAUUUCAAGGCAGGGGCCAAUGGUCGCAUCCUGAAGAAACACUGUGAGUGUGAGCAGCAAUGUCUCGAUAGGCUAAUGAGAGACGUGCUAAAGCCCUACGUUCCUGCUUACCACGGAGAUGUAGAGAAGGAUGGAGAGCGGUACAAUCAGAUGGAGGAUUUGCUGGCAGACUUUGACCUACCCUGUGUCAUGGACUGCAAGAUGGGCGUCAGGACGUAUUUGGAAGAAGAACUGACGAAAGCCAGGAAGAAGCCCAGCUUGAGAGCUGACAUGUACCAAAAGAUGAUCGAGGUGGACCCCGAUGCGCCCACGGCACAGGAGCAUGAACAGAAAGCGGUCACUAAGCCGCGCUACAUGCAGUGGAGGGAAACCAUAAGCUCCACCGCCAUGCUUGGCUUCCGGAUCGAGGGCAUCAAGAAUGAGGAUGGAACAGUAAACAGGGACUUUAAAAAGACUAAGACCCGAGAACAAGUGACUGAGGCCUUCCAAGACUUCGUCAAAGGAAACAAAAACAUCCUGCAUUCCUAUUUGAACCGACUAAAAGAGAUCAGGGACACUUUGGAAAUGUCACCGUUUUUCAAAACACACGAGGUGAUUGGCAGUUCUCUACUAUUCGUCCAUGACAAACAGGAGCAGGCAAAAGUGUGGAUGAUAGACUUUGGGAAGACUACUCCAUUGCCGGAGGGGCAGGAGCUGAGCCACAGGGCCACCUGGGUGGAGGGUAACAGAGAGGACGGCUACCACUACGGCCUAGACCACCUCAUAGACAUUAUUUCUAAUAUGCUAGCUCCUAAACCUCCACUAGAGUAAAAGAAUUCCAUCUUCUCUCCCGCCUGCACUACAGUUCAAGACCUCGCUGGGUUCCCCUAAAGCUAUCCUAACCGAUCGCCCCGUCUCGCCAGAAAAAACAAACUGUCAAAGUUAAAACAAAAUGCCAACCGCAAUGGCCUUUAAUACGAGAGUGUAUGUUUGUAAACUUGUAGAUGCUGUACAUAUAGUGUAAAUGCCAGUGUUUUAGUUCAGAACAUGUGUGAAUAGGAUUUUUGCAGCUAGUGCUUUAAAAGACAGGUGAAUCUUAAAGCAACACUCUCUUAAUGUGCGUUCUUUUCAACAUGCUAGUGUUACGGAAAAGUGUAAAACCCUUGCAGCUAUGUUUUACUCAAUGUGAUCGUUUUAAUAUUUUGUUUUUAGAU